AUGCGCGCUUCGGUUAUCAUCCUCGGCUUCCUCGCUACUCUUACCGUCGCGCUGCCGGAAGCAUACCCCAAGGCCGCGAUCGCGUGUCAAUCUGAUACCAUGGUCUGCAUAGCUGCGAACUGCGCUGCUGAAGGAUGUUGCUGUGAGGGACUUACGUGCGGAUCUAAUGGCACUUGCACGCCACUAUAA